AUGUUAAAUUAUACGGACUCAAAGUAUGCAGGCGAUGAGCGUCAACCGCACGUGUCGAUGGAAAAAGUCGACGCACAUUCUCCGCCUGAGACUUGCCAACUCAUGACCCAGUCCGGCAUCGCCAAAGCCAAGCUUCCAUGGGCAGAUCUCAUCGUCAAGUCUUUCUUCGGCGGUAUCUUCGUUUCACUCGGGUCUCUCUUUGAUCUUGUCGUCGCAGGUGGAGCACCAGGUCUACGAGAGUCAAACCCAUCUCUCAUCACCCUUCUGGCCCCCUUCACAUUCCCCAUCGGAUUUGUCCUCGUCAUUCUCACCAACGUCGAACUUGUAACGAGUAACAUGACCGUUAUGAUGUACACAACCUUGCAAAGAAAGACAAGUGUAUACGAUCUCUUGAAGAACUGGGUUGUCUGUUACAUCUUCAAUCUGGCGGGUUGCCUCUUCUUUACGGGAGUCUUGGCUUGGUGGAGCGACACGUUGAACUCAGACGCCAUGUCCUCAUAUGCUGUUACGCAAGCUGAGGAAAGAGUCAACAUCAAUUGGUGGUUCAACUUCACGAGAGGUAUUGGCUGUAACUGGCUAGUGGGCUUGGCUGUUUACCUCGCCACGAGUAGCAAGGACAAUCUCUCCAAGAUCGUUGGUAUCUGGAUCCCCAUCUGGGCUUUUGUCGCACUGGGUUAUCAGCACUCCGUCGCCAAUUUCUUCCUUGUCCCUAUCGGAAUGUUUUACGGCACAAACUUCGGCGUCGGCAAGUUCAUCUACCAAUCUACUAUCCCUGUCACGCUGGGGAAUAUUGUUGGCGGUGCGGUCAUGACGGGCGCUUUUCUGUGGUUCUUAUAUGGGCGAGAUGAUACAUUGGCUACAAGGACUGGGCAGCCUCUGAGCGGAGAAAGGAAGAGUAGAGGGAGGCAUGUGGCCAAUAGCUCUGGAUCUGAGGGGGAGACAGUGACAACAGAGAGCCACGGGAGAAGCAGACAGGACGACAGUAUGGUUUAG